GAAGAGCAACUGAAUAAUAACGGAGAACUUCACCUAAGGAGGCAUCCUCAGUUGAAAGUGAAGGUGGUUGAUGGAAGUAGCCUAGCUGUGGCCGUGGUUCUCAAUUCCAUUCCUAAAGGAACUUCUCAAGUUGUCCUUCGAGGUCGUUUUUCCAAAGUUGCUAACUCCAUUGCUCUUGUCUUGUGCGAAGGAGGAAUUCAGGUUGUCACGUUGGAUGAAGAAGAUUACAAGAGACUUAAAGCAAAGCUUACCCCAGAGGCUGCAACUAAUUUGGUCCUCUCAAAAAGUUAUAAUGUUUCAAAGACAUGGCUAGUAGGGGAUGGAUUGAGCAAAGAUGAGCAAUUGAAAGCACCAAAAGGAACAUUAUUCAUUCCUUAUUCACAAUUCCCACCGAGGAAAGUUCGCAAGGAUUGUUUCUAUUUCAACACACCAGCCAUGAUUGCUCCAAAACAUGUUGAAAAUGUAGACUCUUGUGAGAAUUGGCUGCCAAGAAGAGUGAUGAGUGCCUGGAGAAUAGCUGGAAUUUUGCAUGCAUUGGAAGGUUGGAAUGAGCAUGAAUGUGGUGACAUGAUACUUGAUACUCAAAAAGUGUGGAAAGCUAGCCUCAAACAUGGUUUUUGCCCAUUAACCAAGAUAUCCGCUGCUUAA